AUGUUGCGAUUUUCUAUUCUCUUAAGCGCCAUCUGCGCCAUUGCUCUCGCACAAACAGACAAGACUUUACCCAGUGUCUUUGAACCAGACAAUUACGAUGUCAACGCCGCGCUUUAUAAUCUUGGGGUGGAUGUUUCUGCGAUCCCUGCCCUGAGUUCGCUGCAGUCGCGGUCAACCGAAUCCGCCUGUGGUGCAGCCUGCAGCGCCCUGGGCUUUCUCUAUGGCCCAAGUAGAGCAUUCGCUCAGAAUACGACCGCGUACACCAAUGCCACAGGAUCGUAUUGGUCGGUCCAGCAGGAAGAAGUUCGUCCAUACUGCAUCUUCAAGCCAUCGGUAAACACUGAUGUUUCAAUUGUUGUACUUUUGUCAAGGUACACUGGCUGUCCCUUUGCCAUCAAGAGUGGUGGCCAUGCUGCCUUUGCGGGAGCAUCGAGUAUUCAGGGCGGUAUUACGGUCUUGCUGAAGGAUAUGAACGCCAUCACACUGAAUGAGGAUAGAUCUGUUGUUUCAGUUGGCCCUGGUAAUGUUUGGGUGCAGGUAUACGCGGCAUUAGAGCCCUAUGGGCUCGCUGCCAUCGGCGGCCGGGUUUCCACAAUUGGCGUGGGAGGUCUUACGACCGGAGGCGGGAUUUCAUACUACUCCAAUAUAUAUGGUUGGGCUUGCGAUAAUGUCCAGAGCUUCGAGGUGGUUACUGCGAGUGGUGCCAUCGUCACAGCCAGUGCAGAGUCCUAUCCCGACCUCUACUGGGCUCUCCGAGGCGGCGGGAAUAACUUCGGCAUAGUCACCAAGUUCAACCUCUAUACUAUUCCCAGCCAGGAAAUGCGAGGUGGAACCCGAGUCUUUGCCGAGGAUCAAUUCAGCGAGGUGAUCAGCGCCUUCGUCAGCGUCGUCAACGGCGCCUCCAAUGACGGUAAUGCACAGCACUGGGUCGCGUUUGUGCAUACUCAGGGACAGAACAUCGCUGCUGCUGAGAUGACCUAUGUCAAGAACGUGAGCGAGCCGGCCAUCUUCGCUCCCUACCGCGCAAUCCCCGCAAUUCAGGACACCACGGCUUCCAGGACCUUGGUGGAGUACUGUGACACCGUUCAGGAGGUCAAUCCCGACGGACUGCGGGAAAUGUACUGGACGUUAACUGUCCGCUUGGACGAAGGCUUUAUCAACUGGGUUACUGAGUACUUUUACUCUGUUCUUCCGCAGGUUUGGAGCAUCCCGGGUAUUAACCCAUCCCUCGUCAACCAGGGCAUUACCGUCCCCAUGCUCAAGAACAUGACUCGCAACGGGGGUAAUGCACUGGGUUUAGAUGCCUCGGAUGGUCCACUCCACCUACUGCUAAUGUCGACCUGGUGGGACAAUGCGGACGACGACGAAACGAUAGUUGCGUGGGCUAAAAGUUUCUGGGAUACAGUCAGCGCCAAAGCGAAGAACGAUGGCUUGCUUCAUGACUAUGUCUACAUGAACUACGCCAGUCAGUAUCAGGAUGUCAUUGCGGGCUAUGGGGCUGCCAAUAAAGCCAAACUGCAGAGCAUUGCUGUCAAGUACGAUCCCAAGGGAGUCUAUCAGACGCUUCAGCCGGGUUAUUUCAAGCUGGAUGGCGCACCUGCCUCUGCUUCACUUUAA